AUGGAAACGCAGUCAUGUGGAAUAUUCGGUUCAGAUCAUCAAUUUAAAGCAUACGCUGGCAAAGCGGCAUUAACGAUAAAAGUCAUUGAGCAUGGCGAACAAUCGUUGCUUGGUAAAGAUACGGCCAUCAAACUAGGUGUGUUGAAGCUGGGUAUCGGCAUUAAUCAUGUUGAGAAAUUGCAACCGUUCAAUAAAAUUGCUGGAAUAAAAGUAAACUUAUCUAUUGACACCACCGUAAGACCUAUCCAACAACCAUUACGCCGGGUGCCUGUUGCGGUUGAGGAUAGGGUCGAGGCGAAACUUAAUGAGGCAUUAGCUCUGGAUAUUAUUGAACCGGUUAUUGGUCCUAGCGCUUGGAUAUCUCCUGUGGUAGUUGUCUUCAAGGAAAAUGGCGACAUUCGGCUGUGCAUUGACAUGAGGCGUGCAAAUACAGCAAUUUUGAGAGAAAAUUAUCCAUUGCCUACUUUUGAUAGUUUUAUGACGAGAUUACAAGGUGCUAAAUUCUUUUCGAGGCUUGACCUUAAAAAUGCCUAUCAUCAAUUGGAGUUAGAAGAGGAAAGCCGCUAUAUAACAACAUUUAUAACUUCGAAAGGCUUAUUUAGAUACAAAAGACUGUUAUUUGGGGUGAACUCAGCUCCCGAAAUAUUCCAGAGAACUAUGGAAAGUAUUUUGGCCCCAUGCAAGAAUGCACUAAACUAUUUGGAUGAUAUCAUAGUCUUCGGCGCAACUGCAAAGGAACAUGAUGAAUAUUUACAAGAUGUCCUUAACACCUUUAAAAACUUCAAUGUAGCCAUAAACGAAGACAAAUGCUUGUGGAAAGUACAAAAUCUAAAAUUUCUGGGCCACGUCCUAUCAACAAAUGGUAUAAGCGCUGACCCGGAUAAAAUCGAUAGUGUGCUGAAUUUUCGAGCACCCAACUCACGGGAGGAGACUCGCAGGUUUCUUGGUCUGGUUACCUAUUUAGGUAAAUUUAUACCGGAUUUGAGCGAUUUGGUUGAACCUCUAAGAGAAAUCACGAAAGCCAACGAGAAGUUUAUUUGGACCACGAGACAAAACGAUGCAUUUUUAAAACUCAAGGAAAAAUUAAUUGCCCUUCCAACACUUACUUAUUUUUCACCGAAACGGCGCACGAGAUUAAUUGCGGAUGCCAGCCCAGUGGCUUUGGGAGCGGUACUAAUUCAAUUUACUGGAGACACUCCGUAUGUCGUGUCUUUUGCAAGUAAGGCGCUGUCUGAAGUAGAGCGCAGAUAUUCGCAGACUGAGAAAGAGAGCCUGGCUCUGGUGUGGGCUGUCGAGCGAUUUUAUUAUUACUUAGCGGGGAUUCAAAUUGAGCUGGAGACGGACCACAAGCCUCUCGAAGCCAUUUUUAAGCCAACAUCGAAGCCGCCGGCUCGUAUCGAGCGUUGGGUCUUGCGCCUGCAGUCCUUUAGCUUAAAAAUUAUAUACAAAGCGGGGAAACAUAACAUAGCAGACUCAUUGUCCAGACUCUGUAAUCUGGAUACAGCUGUUACUUUUGAUAAGCCAUGCGAGUUCAGCAUUUGCUCUAUAAUAGAAAAUUCUGUACCACAGGCUUUAACCAUUUUGGAAAUUGUACACAAUAAUAGCAAAGAUGAUGAGAUUUUGCAGGCAGUGGAAUGUGUAAAUACCGAAGAUUGGAGUACAGCUACUAAGAACAGGUAUUAUCCAUUUCGAUUUGAGCUCAGUAUUUUAGGGAAUUUGUUGCUAAGAGGUACGCGACUUGUGAUUCCUGCAAGCCUGAGACAACGAGUGCUGGAUCUAGGCCACGAAGGUCAUCCAGGCGAAACCGUGAUGAAGCGAAGAAUUCGUUCGAAGAUUUGGUGGCCUUUGGUCGAUAGAGAUAUAGAGAAAUACGUGAAAAGCUGUUAUGAAUGUAUGUUGGUAUCUCGGCCAAUACCACCGGCUCCUAUGAAAAGACGAAUCAUGCCAGACAGUCCCUGGGCUUGUGUAGCAAUGGAUUUAUUGGGCCCGUUGCCGAAUCACGAUUUUGUAUUUGUAGUUAUUGACUACUACUCACGAUAUCACGAGCUAAAAUUUAUGAAGAAGAUAACGUCAACGGAAAUUAUUGAUUUUCUCGAGGAAAUAUUUGCCCGACAUGGAUAUCCCAAGUCAAUAACUGCAGAUAACGGGCCCCAAUUUGUGAGCGAAGAAUUCAAGACUUUUUGCAGUACUAAUAAUAUCGACUUGAUGACAUCACCGCCUUAUUGGCCCCAAGCUAAUGGAGAGGUCGAAAACUUGAACCGCUCUCUUUUAAAACGUCUUCAGAUUGCUCACUCGCAGGGUUUGGACUAUAAAAAGGAGAUUCAUAAGAUUCCAUCGCUGAAUGACGUUGAAGAGAAUGUUAUCGACUCUGAAGCCAGAGACAAUGACAUUGUGAAUAAAGAUAAAGGGAAACAGAGAGCCGAUUCUGACAGAAAUGCGGUCGAUUGCAACAUCAGAGUUGGGGAUAAAGUAUUGAUGCGAAAUACUGUCCACUCUAACAAAUUAUCUACAACCUUUGGGCAAACUGAAUACGAAGUAACGGAACGAAAGGGCAAUGAUGUCGUGAUAUCAGGAGAAGGCAGAGUGUAUCGCAGAAACAUUACUCAUGUUAAGAAAAUUCCAACUGAUUCAUCGCUACCAUCUUUAGCAAGGCCCACGGAGACUUCGGUUGCAGAUCCAGAACAUCACGAACUCCAUCAUGAUCCAGAUGCCGCCGACGAAGGGCCUUUAACCAAUGAAUCAUCAUCGGAACCAUCAUCAAAAUCAUCUAACUUAGAUACGGGAGGAUCCAGGCCGAAAGUAACCAUGAAGCUUAAGAAAAAUAGAGGAGGGAUGUGGCAACCCGCUGAAUAG